AUGCUCCAGCCAUCCCUCAAACGACCACGCAGCCCAUCCUCCUACUUCUCCUCGCUCGACCACACCACCCCACAGGACCAAGCGCACCCAGAAGGCCGCCCGCUGAUCAGGAACCUGCGAGCACUCGAGGCAGAGCUGUGUGAGCUCGACAGACUCGGCCUGCAGAGCGAGAGCCCGGCUGAGCAGCUCGAAGGCGGCAGACUGAUCAGAUUGAACACUCUCCACAACCAAGAACAAGAACACCUUCAGAACUCGGUCUGGGUCGACAGAUACGAUGCCAGGCUACUACUCUCACCGCCACCCUCGAGAUCGACGGACUCGACUCUCGAGCCCCAGAUCACCAGUCCGCCGGCGCAGAGUCCGACGGGCUAUUCGGAUCUGCCCUCGGACCACGAAGAAAUGUUCUACUUUCAGCCAGAGGAGAGGGUGGAGAUCGCCCAGAAGAAACUACGCCGGAGGAGGGAUGACGAACGCUCUGUUCGCAUCAAGCUACGUGAAGAAGAGGAUAGGCUACGCGAGGAAGAACUGAGACUCUCAAAAAUCCCACCGACGGACCAAAUCACAUUGAUGCAGCGGACCCUGGAAGCCUUGAAAGGCUCUCCAUCGCCCUCCUUACUCGAGAUCCGGAUCCUGACCAACCACGGCACCGACCCACGCUUCGCGUCCUUCCUGCGCCGGGACGGCAAGUGGCGGGCGUACUGGGAAGCGAUGAAGGCCGCACCGGCGGAGCCCGCGCCGGCUAUAACCACGCAGCCCCUAGUCGACCCACCGCCCCCUUCGGCAGCCGGCGGGUUGGUCGAUUACGGCGACUCUAGCGACGAAGAUGGGGCCGGUAAAGACGCGAAGACGGCCCCCGUUGAAGGAGAAGAAGUAGACACAGCCCCCGAUCAGCCUCCAGCGGACGAUCGUUCUUCAGGAAAGACAAGCAGCGGCGGCGAAGAAGAAGCAGACAAAAAAGACAUGCCAGGCCCGAGCGACGGAGCAGGCCCGCCCGUCCACGAUCAGAAUCCUGCCGAAACGCCAGCGCCGGCGAGCGAGCACGCCGGCCUCCACUCCGACCCCACAACCAUGGAAGAUCCGAUUCCCGCGCCCGGGACUCUAGUCGACCCCGGCGAACGUCUCCAGCGCCAACAGCGCGCCAAGCUCUGGGCCGAGAAACGCAAGCAGAAGGCCACCAUCCUCCGCCCCGAUCCGCCCCUCCCAACUCCCUCUCCUUGA